GCUAACCCCCCCCACCUCCCUUCGCCGCAGGCCUGGCAGCGAUGGCGGCCGAAGGAGGGAUGAAAUGUGUCAAGUUCUUGCUCUACGUUUUUCUGCUGGCCUUUUGCGCCUGUGCCGUGGGACUGAUCGCGGUGGGUGUGGGGACCCAUCUGGUCCUGAGUCAGACCCUUAGCCAAGGGGCCAACCCUGGCACCCUGUUGCCUGUGGUCAUCAUCGCAAUGGGUGUCUUCCUCUUCCUGGUGGCCCUUGUGGGUUGCUGUGGUGUGUGCAAAGAGAACUAUUAUCUUAUGAUCACGUUUGUCAUCUUCCUGUCCCUUAUCAUGCUGGUGGAGGUGGCCACAGCCAUUGCUGGCUAUGUGUUCAGAGACAAGAUUCGGUCAGAGUUUAAGAGCAACUUCCAGAAGCAGAUGCAGGCUUACCCCAAGGACAACACCACUGCUAGGAUCCUGGACAAGAUGCAGGAGGACUUUAAGUGCUGUGGGGCUACAAACUACACAGAUUGGGAGAACAUCCCUCUGGAGCCCAGGGGCCGAGUUCCUGACUCCUGCUGCAUCAAUGUCACUCAGAACUGUGGGGUUAAAUUCAACGUGAAGGAUAUCAAUGCCGAGGGCUGUGUGGAGAAGAUUGGUGGCUGGCUGAGAAGCCACAUGGUGGAAGUGGCUGCAGCAGGCCUGGGCAUUGCUUUUGUGGAGGUCCUGGGAAUCGUCUUGGCUUGUUGCCUCGUGAAAAGUAUCCGGAGUGGGUACGAAGUGAUGUAAGGUCUGGCUUCCUCAGCUCCCUCGUCUAGGGGAGUGGGGCAGCAUACUCCAGGUUUUUCAAUUAAACGGAUUAUUUUUUUUUUCCCUA